AGUGCGCGGUGCUGUUAUUUUUCCGAAGGAACAUGUUUUCUUAAUAGAGAACCUUUAUAGCCGGAAAGUAUUGAGGCAUUUAAAAUUACAGACUAUAUAUUGCGUUUCUUUGUUGUGGCGGGGCGGAAAUUGUGAAAACAUUUUAGCCAGAGAAAGGGAAAUCGUAUUUUCUACACGUGAUAUUCGCCUGUUUUACGUGGCUGAAGUGCACUUCUCUCAUAAAUCGUGUGCAUAUGAAUGAGCUGCUCCACUUUAAGUCUUGAAUCCGUUCGAACGUUGCCGGGAGUUGUAUCUUAGAGAUACGCCCGAGUUAUACUUUGCUUCAUAAUUAUAAAAAUCAGGAUAUGAAUUGUAAAUGUGAUAACACGACAAAUCAAAUAAUGAAGGUCAAGAUUACUGGUUCUAGGAAACAUAAUAGAAAUAAGGUAACUAGAAAUGCAUACAUAUAAGAUAAAUUUUAUAGUUUAUUUCCUUGCAGACGACGCCAGUUCAUCUUUACACGUAGGUUUAACUUGGAAUGCUCCGAGACGCAGUAACUAGCAUGUUACGCCAGGUCAACAACGUCGGAUAGACAUUGUCUUGUAUAAUGUUUCACUAAAUUGUAAUUUGCCAGGGAAACCGAGUCUGUUUGCCGUAGCUGAUAAAAAAAAAACGUAAAUGCCUGGAAAUGCUUGCUCAUCCUUUAUCAGCAGGAGCGCGUGAGUCAGCAGUGUACGCUGUUACAACACGGUGCAUGACUUGACAGUACCCAGUUGAGCUUAUAGUGUGUCCUAGAUAAGGACUUUUGGCCUGCGGUUAUCACGUUCCGUGUCGCUACAAUUAAGCAUUGAAUACCGUCCACACAAGUCCCAGCGAAGACAAUAUGCUAUUUAGGGAAUUUUUAAAGUGUCAAAUGUUUGUUUUUGUUGGCUGAGUUAAAUUGAAUCCCGCAGGCAACGUGAUUGCGCACAUUGCACCUUCUUUAAAUCUAUCGUAUUGGUCGGACACUGUGAGUUUCUUUUAAAAAUAAAACAAACAGUAAAUCAGCAGGUUCAUUAGGUUAGCAGGUACAGUUUUAAGAUAUUGCUACAUCAUAGUGUGACGAAAUCACUAACCUGACCAGUGUUCUGUAUUUGGUGUGUCAACACUGGUGUCUGCUAUUGCCCCCAUUAACAAAUGAUCACUUUGGUCUUGUUUUUAGUGGAGGGCAACCCGAGUUAUUUUUCCUGUGUUGAAGAAUUUUCCACAUGCCGAUGAUUUUCAACCACUUCACUGAAACCUGUUAAAUAAAUAAACAUUUUUCGCGCCAUGUCUUUCGAGAGCCCCCGGUCUUCGGUGUUCACGUUCCAGUCGUCGGUGCACAGCUCGCACGUGCUGCGCAGCCUGAACGAGCAGCGGAAGCGGGACGUCCUGUGCGACUUGACGGUGGUGGUGGAGAACAAGGGCUUCCGCGCGCACCGCUCCGUGCUGGCCUCGUGCAGCGAAUACUUCCACACACGCGUCACUAGCCUGGUGGGGCAAGGCCUGGUCGUCACGCUCCCUGAUGAGGUUACGGUGGAAGGAUUCGACCCGUUGUUGGAAUUUGCUUACACAGCAAAGCUCCUCUUCACCAAGGAGAACAUUCUGGAAAUUCGCAGGUGCGCCACCAUUUUGGGUUUCCACGACCUGGACAAGGCCUGCUUCGACUUCCUCAUCCCAAAGUUCUUCGACAGCAGCAGGAGCGCUCAGGCCAUCCCGCGGAGGGUGUGCUGCCGGAAAAAAUUCUGGCGGGAGAAAUCGGCGAAGCAAGGGUCCGGCACCGAUGCGGACGCCACCACCGCCGCCGCCGACGAUGAGGUCAUCGAGGUCAAAGAGGAGAGCAGGGACGUGGAGGAGCUCGUGGGAGAGCGCGACCCCGAAGCGACGGCCCCGUGCGCUAAACCCGCGAACGAUGCCCCGGGAAGCCUCGGCCUGGGCUGCUCGGGCUGCCCUGCCGUUGCCACGCCGACGGACCCGGCCCUGCUCUGUCUGAAGUACCGCAAGUUCCAGAAAGCCUGCGGGAGGGAGCGGUCCGGCAGCCCUCAGGUGCCUUCCUCAUCCUCCUCCUCCUCAUCCUCAUCCUCGCUGGCUCCGGCCGCCGAAGGGCAGGCACCCCCUGUCCAUCCCCGAAGGCAGGAAGGCAGCGGAUUGGCCAGAGCCGUCUCCGGGAGACGCAAGUCUGAGGCGGACUCCACGGCGAGCGAGAACGAGGCGGCGGCGGUGUCCGUGCGCCCGCCCCCUGCGCUCGCCCCUCUCCCGGGAAACCCCGAUGGCGGCGGCAGCGGCGGCGGCGGCUUCGGGGAGGCACUGGAUUCCGGGUGCAGCCCGUCCGUGGGGUCAGCGGGGGCGGAGCCAGACUGCUGCACUCUGGGUACUCGCUUUCCGCCUUGUGCCGCCGGACAGGAGGAAGAGGAGGAGGAGGAGGGUGGCGGAAACCAUGCGAUACCGGCCGGCUCGGACCUGGCGCAUCCCAAAUUUUCCAGCGCCCCGGGUCAGCAGGGAGGCGGGGAGAGGAGCACCGUCGAGAGGGAGGUCCCCGCACACCUGGCCGAGAGCUUCUGGUGCGCGUACCUGGACCCCCCCGGGGAGUCCUCCGCGGGCCCGUCGGCAGGCUACCGCUGGUGCAAGCGGCGCGUCCCGGCGCCGGGGGGGCUGGACUGCCCUUUCCUCCGGGACCAGGGGCUGCCCCAGGCGGGGGGGAGGUCCUACGACUCCUCCCCAAACUCGGGGGACGACUCCGACACGGAGGGGGCCAGCGUGUGCUCCUCCACCCAAAGAGCACCCGAGGUGCAGCUGCCCUUCCCAGUCGAGCAGAUCGUCUCGCUGAGCCGGAACGACUUCCAGAACGUUCUGAAGGAGCACCGGCUGACCCGGGAGCAGCUGGACUUCGUCCAGGACGUCCGACGGCGCAGCAAGAACUGCAUCGCCGCCCGUCGCUGCCGCAAGAGGAAGCUCGACUGCAUCUACAGCCUGGAGUGCGAGAUCGAGAAGCUGCGCUGUGAGAAGCAGACGCUGGAGCAGGAGAGGACUCAUCUGGCCCAGGUGAAGCGGCAGACCUGGCAGGACAUCUCGGGCUUGUGCCAGAAGGUGCUCAGCGAGGCGGCCCUGCAGCCGGAGCAGCUGCAUGUGCUGGCUAAAUAUGCCACCCCGGACUGCCCCCUGUCUUCCCUCCUCGCCCCCCUGACACCCCCCUCCGCCUCCGCCUGCCCCCCCGUGGACCCCUGCCCAGGUGAGACUCACAGAGACCCACAGGUUCCCCUCCCCCCGGAGCCCGCGCCGGCAGCCAAUCACGACAGGACUUCGCCUGGCUCCGCCCCUGGUGGGCGUGGCCUCUGCUCCAUCGCAGACGUCUGUUUGGACAUGAGCCGCAAAUGUGCCAGGGAUGAGUGACAGCUGUCACUUCACCACUCGGCCUCCUCUGUUUUUUUUUAAAAACAAAUUCCUUAAACAAAUGACUGCAUUUUUUCAGUUAAUCACAAAAAUAUGUAAUUACAGACACUCAGGUUUUUUUGUUGUUGUUUUUUCAUUUUACACACUGUAUGUGUUUUUUUACACACUUACGAACAUGCAUUUUAAAUCUAAUCACUACUACGGGCACUAUAUCUCGAAUUACUUCCCGUCAGAUCUCAUUGCUUCACUUUUCUGAAUCAUGCCAGGUGUUCUGAAAUAUAUGCCACUAUUUCUAGAAAUAUUUGCAAACAGGUCCUGUGUUCUGGUAUAAGACGCCAUCAGGUAUUCACAGUCUAACUAAAGUGUGGUCAUCUUUCAGGGGAAAAUAGUCACCAGUUUACUGGGAAAGUGACCACUGUUGAUGGCCAUACUUCAGCCAUCAGUGAAGAAUGUUUAUUGUUCAAAAAUAGCACCGCCUGGUCAUUAGCAUGACCAGUGAAUUUACCCUGGCCGUACGCUUAAACAAACAGACCUCUAUGCGUCAGUGAUUUCUGGUCUGUCGAUUAGGUCUGAUCUCACUGUACAAUCUCAGGACCAACAGAUACCUCAGUACAGCAUCAACUCUGUCUCUGAAUGUGUAGUCUUCUUGCAGGGUAAUCACUGCUGUUCUACCCAAUUGUCAAACAAUGCACAAUUUAAAAUGGUGAAAAGGUGUUAUGCAAUCCACCAUUCAUAUGCUGAAAAUGGCUACCCACUACCAUCCCACAUUGGGUCUGGAUCUCUAUAAUACUCUGAUUUAGAACCACACGGUGAACUGAACUGUAGGCCGCACCUCUUUUCCAACACAAAUGUGCUUAUCCUCGUUCAUGUAAAGAAUGAUGGGUAAUGUAGUCACUAUCCUUUAGAAUCCUUCAUGUGUGCCCUCAGGGUUAGGCAUUUCCAUAAAGUACGAUGAUAAGCGCACCUUUUUAACCGUUUCAACCGCGGAUCUUUGGACAGUCGGGUGGCAGUUCACUCAUAGGGAUCAGGGCUGAAAUGCUGCGUCCGCAAUAACAACAGUCACAGAGCUUUCAGAGAGAAAUCUGCUGUCUGCAGCACCGUACAGCGCCUCGGGUGCGUUGACAGCCAUUUUGUUACCAGAGUUUUAGGAAAGCUUUCCAGUUUUCACAAGGACAUUUUUGCAUGCAGUCCGGCUAUAUGCCCGCUAACAGCCUGUCCCAAUUGUACCUCGAGUCUCUCCUCUUGGGGUGCAGGUCUCAGUAACGGGGUCAUUUUGGGGUGUCACACUCACAGAAUCAGAGAUCGUCCUUGUUUACUACUUAUUUCACAUUCACAUUCAUUAAUGAAAGUAUUUGUGUUUUAAUUCUUUUUUUUUUUCGUAAGCACUUUUUUUUUUUUUUUUUUACAGUCUUGUAUAUGAUGUGACUCUUUCAGAUUUUUGACUGUAUCCGGAUUUUAAAAGCAAACUCAAAAGUAUCACAGGGAUUUCUAUUUAUUUUUAAUCUGUGGAAGAUGCAAAAAUGGCAUCGAAGAUUUAAACCAAACAAUGGGCACCAGCGCUCGUAUUUCUCUUAUUGUUUAAAACGCUGUUUAAGGAACACUUAUGCCAGGUCACAUGGUACCAUGCUCUGUAUGUACUUCCUGGUUUGGGAGUAGGAGACAAGGUGCACAAACGGUGUAAAUCCAUAAAUGAUUCCCAGUGGCUCUCCUUACAGUUUGGAUUCUCAUUUUUCCACAUUCAACCGCUGUGACCUCCUUUCCUUUUACGGUACCAGGGAUGUUUGCGAUUCGGUCGUUGCGCUGGCAGACUUCCCGAGCUUGAACACCACAGCACUGCUAAACGUUAGCCAAAUGGAAAUUCAACGGACUGCCCGAAGACAACGUUCAGUUGUGCAGAUUAGAGACGUUAUUCCAGAGGGUUCCAUAAGAUUUUGCAUGUGAAAUUAUCUGCAAGGUUAUACUGUCUUUUUUUCAUUUUUUUUAUUUUUUAUUUAAAUCUCCUGGUGUAGAGGGUUCAUCAUGAUAUUGCCACUGUAAGAGGUAAUAUAGGCAAACCACAUGCUGGAGCGAUUAAAAUAAUUCAUUGUUUACUUUCCGAGUUUUAUUUCAGUUUAAGUGUGUAUUUUCAGUUGGCCCAGGUAAUUCCUAAAUGUGUUGAAGAAUAUUCGACAUACUAAAAUUUAUGACAACAGCCUGGACAGGGCUUGAGGUUUUGAACCUUUGAUCCAGGGAUCCCCACCCAUGCUCAGAGGCAUCCAGGGGGACCCCCCUUGUACUUUUAAAAUGGGUAUUUUAAAAAAUGGUUUUACAUUUUAAAAUAUUUUCCCAAAAUGUAUAUAUAGUUAAUCCAUAUCAAGUCUGGCCAGGGACCCCCUACAGUACCUUCACUGACCCUGUUUUUUCUUUUUUUGUAUGUUUUUUUUUAUGCAGUGCAUAAUGAUGAUUACAAGUACAUAUCAUUUGAAGACUCAAUUAAACUGUCUGUUCUUUGCAACUGUUUGAAGAUGAUUGUGUGUUAAAUGUUUAGUUGUGGUUAAAAAAUAUUUGGUGGCAUUGUUCUGAUGAGGUGAAUAAUGUCUGCAAGAAGUAGCUGGGCAAACGCCCUGGGUUUAAAUGCUAAGGGGUUAACCUGCUCAUAGAUAUAACAUUACUCCCCGAAUUAUAUAUACACCCCACACCCACA